AUGAAUAAUUCUAUACCUCCUCAUUAUUCAAACAGAUAUAUUCAACAACGUUAUAAUAAAGCUUUACAAAUAGUACAACACUUACCUGCUUCUAGUUUUCAACCUACAAAAGAACAAAAACUUCAACUUUAUGCCUAUUAUAAACAAGUAUCUCUUGGCAAUGUGAAUACACCUAGACCGGGAUUAUUUGACGUGGUUGGAAGAGCAAAGUGGGAUGCUUGGAAGAAACUAGAAGGAACCAACAAAUUAGAAGCUCAACAUCGUUAUGUCGAUACCCUUUUGGAAGCUGUAUCAGAAGCAUAUCAAAAACCUGCCAGUAGAAUUCAAGCUCAACAGAUAAUUCAGACAUUCGCCAUGAUGCGUCCUUCUCGUGACGAUGCUGAUGAUACAACAGACGAUGAUCUGACAUCAGCAACAGAAGAUGAUGGAGCACUAGAUGAUGAUGGUAAAUAA